AUGUUUUACUUAAUUGUGAUAUUGAUAUUAUGCUAUGUACAAAAUACAGUUGGAAAUAAUUACCAACCUGAACAAAUUCAUUUAUCCUACACAGGUAUUUUAAAUGAAAUGGCUAUAACUUGGAGUACACAAAUAUUAGCAAAUGAAAGUUAUGUAGAAUAUAGUCUAUGGAAUGAAGAAUUGUCUUUAAGAGAAAAUGCUACUAUUUCAAAAUUUAUUGAUGGUAGUAGUGCACAUCGAGUAUUAUAUAUGUAUAGAGCUAUUUUAAAAAAUUUAACAAUGAAUACAGUUUAUAUUUAUCAUGUGGGUAGUUCAUAUGGUUGGAGUGCGAAAUAUUCAUUUCGAACAAUACCUAAUGAAAAACGACAAUCAUUUGCUGUUUAUGGAGACUUAGGAGUUGUCAAUGCACAGAGUUUAGCACGUUUACAAAGAGAAGCUCAACUUGAUUAUUAUGAUUCUAUUUUACAUGUUGGUGAUUUUGCUUAUGAUAUGGAUGCUGAUCAAAGUCGUGUUGGUGAUCAAUUUAUGAAUCAAAUUCAAGAAAUAGCUGCUUAUGUACCAUAUAUGGUCUGUCCUGGAAAUCAUGAACGUGCUUAUAAUUUUUCAAAUUAUAAAUCACGUUUUACAAUGCCACCAAAUGGUGAUGGUGAAAAUCUUUGGUAUAGUUAUAAUUUUGGCUUAGCACAUAUAAUAAGUUUUUCAACAGAAGUUUAUUUUUGGUGGGAAUAUGGUUUUGCACAAAUAUCAAAUCAAUAUCAUUGGCUUGAACAAGAUUUAAAAUGGGCAACAGCAUUAGAAAAUCGAACAAAAUAUCCAUGGAUUAUAACAAUGGGUCAUCAACCAAUGUAUUGUUCAAAUGCUAAUCAAGAUGAUUGUACAUUUUAUAAUAGUCGACCUCGUUCAGGUUUACCAUAUAUACAUACAUAUGGAUUAGAAAAAAUGUUUUAUGAUUAUGGUGUUGAUUUAGAACUUUGGGCUCAUGAACAUUCAUAUGAAAGACUUUGGCCAAUUUAUAAUUGGACUAUAUUUAAUGGAUCAUUAAAUGAACCAUAUAAAAAUCCAGGUGCACCAACACAUAUAAUUAGUGGUUCAGCAGGUUGUUUUGCAAAACAUAAUCCAUUUCUUAAUCAAACACAAUUAUAUUCAGCAUUUCGUUCUGAUGAUUAUGGUUAUUCACGUAUGAAAAUUAUUAAUUCAACUCAUUUAUAUAUGGAACAAGUAUCAGAUGAUCAAGAUGGUAAAAUAAUUGAUAAUUUUACAUUAAUUCGAGAAAAACAUGAACCUUAUUCAUAUCAUAAACAUAAAGGAAUUAAAAUUGAUUAUAAAUCUACAAGAUAUCAUCAUUAA